AUGGACCCGUACGCGGAGCGCGGGAUGGAGGAGCUCCACCACCACCACUGUCACCAGCAGUACGGGCCGCCUCCGCCGCAGCCGAUGUACGCGUCGCCGUACGGGCAGCAGCCGCCGCCGCCGAUGUACCAGCAGCCGUACGGCCAGCCGGUGUACGCAUCUCCGUACGGCCAGCCGCCGCCGGCGAUGUACCCGCCGCCGUACGCGCAACCGCCGCCGCCGCCUCCGCCUCCCCGGAAGACCGGCGCGUCGUUCGCGGAAGGAUGUAUGUCCUAUCACCAUCUUUUUCUGGUGGCAGCUGUGCAGGUUUUGCCGCAAUUUGCUGCUGCUGCCUCAUGGACGCAUGCUUCUGAUCGUGUGGUCGACCUCAUCAGGCCGAAGCAAACGCCGUCUUUCUACUCGGUGCCCAUCGGCGAGGAGAUCAACCAUCGCCUUGAGCAGCUGGCACCGUUUGCAUCUCUGCGCCGGGAAGCUGGAAAGCCAUCGCUGCACCGGGAAGUUGGAGUUGCACGUGAAGCUGCCGAUCGAAGGAAUGAUGCAUGA